AUGCAGUCCGACAAAACUUUAUCCUCCUCAAGCCCUAACACUGCCUCAAAGCCUUCGCAUCCCUACUUUUCCGCCCCGGUAUCGGACUCAAAAGGAUCUGAACGUGAACAACCAUGGAAGAAGAUCGUGAAUAAAGAUCCUUUGAAUACGUCGAAGGGUGAUAGUAGUUCCAAUAGGGACAUGGCCAAGCUUGGAGGAGGAGGAGGAGGGCCACAAAAGCCAGAACCGAUAGGUCCGCAGACUCCUACGCCCCAUAUUGCAGGUUAA